CGUCCUGUCGGGCGGGAUAGCUCUGAACACAGAGCAGAAAAUAGAGCAUUAAACUUUUCCAGAUUUCUGAACUUUAUCUCCUAGAUAUGGCCCAUCAAAUUGAAGAGAAUUUACCGCCUAGCCUAGCGUGUCUGAAAAAUGUCGAUGCUUUGCUUCGGUGUCCGAUUUGCUUCGACUUCCUCAACAUUGCAAUGAUGACUAAGUGCUCACACAAUUUUUGUUCUUUGUGCAUCAGGAAGUUUCUUUCCUAUAAGCUGCUGUGUCCAGUCUGCAAUACACAAAUGACAGAGCAAGACCUAAGAAACAACCGCGUGUUGGAUAACUUGGUUGAAAACUUUCGAAUUGCAAGACAGCAGUUGUCAAACGUCAAUUUUGAGUCUCCUCCAAUAUCGCCAAAGACCCCAGCUUCUGUUGUCAAAUGCAAAACUCCCAGAGAAGGGGGGCAGAAAUCCAGCAGCUCCAUUUUAAGUAACUUUUUUGUAAAGAAGCACAGAACGCCUCCGAGUAAAGUAACUCAACACGAAGUCCAGCGGGGGGAUGCACGAGACACACGAACCCUUCACCCCAAUGACUCUGACCUACAUUAUGGAAAAGCUCAUGUUUCAGUGGUGGUUAAAGAAGAACCCAUUGAUGUGGAGGACACGUCUACGAGGGGUUUGACGUCAGUGAAACUGGAGGACACGGCAUCACACAGUCAAAGUCUUGGAUUUGAGAUGGCGCAUUCUUCGUCGCCAUCAAAAGAUGUGAAGCCCAUGAUCAAAGUUGAGUGCCCUGUGUGUUCUGUGAGCGUGCUGCAGCAUUUCAUCAACAAGCAUCUGGACACGUGUCUUAGCAGCGGGGAGAAGAAAGACAGCCUGAGGAGCUCUCUGAGUAAGAGCAGACGACCGAUGGCGAAGCUGGUCUACAAUCUACUGUCAGUUCAGGAGCUGAAGAGGAGGUUGAAAGAUUGCCACCUGUCAGUGCAGGGUUCUCGGGACCAGAUGAUCAAAAGGCACCAGGAUUUUAUCCAUUUAUACAACUCCCAGUGUGACUCCCUGAAUCCUAAAACAGUUGAAGAGAUCGCAAAAAAGGUGGAGGCCAACGAGAAGUUACGAAAUCAUCUGCAGGGGAAAUCAAAGCCUGUCUUGGUUUUCUCUAAGAAUCAGUCCGAGAAGGAGAUUGAGGAGAUGCAUUCAAAUUAUAGGAAGCAGCACAGCAGUGACUUCUCCCGGCUAAUUGCACAGGUCAAAGGUCGCAUGGAGAACACUAGACGGGCUCGUGUUAAACAGGAAGUAACUGAGGAGAACAAAGAUGUUCAUGAGUCAAACUCUGCAGAAACAAAAAUCUCCACUGUGGUAAAAGUGGAAAAUGAAGAGGAUGAUGAUCAAUCUGUAAGAGAAAUCCUUUUGUCAUCCAGCCCUACUCUAAGUGACGUGUCCAUCAGCAGCUCCAUUUCAGACAUUUUUGGGCCAGAGUCUCCCCUAAAUAUUCAAACCCCAGAAAGGACCUCAGCCCUAAAGCGAGCAGCCAGCCUUAGAGGAAGUGAUGACAUCACACCGCCUGUUGUGGGGAAGCGUCAGCGUAAGACGAGAGGAGAGUGAUGCAGAGAGGACCAUCGUUCACAUGUUGUAUAAUUAGUUUAGACUAUUUAC